AUGCACUUCUCACUGCUGGUGUCGGUCGCUUUGGCUGUUUUGCCUCAGACUUUGGCAACUUCAAGCUUGGCCUACUGUUCUACUGAGAAUACAGGAGCCUCUAGCAACUCUUCUUCGUACACCUACCAAUCCAACGGACACUGUACCGGGCUUUGUGAGAAUUACGCCUUUGGUAUUCUUCUAGACUAUGAAUGUUGGUGCUCGAACGUGGCACCGGCCUCCGAUACGGAAAAGAAGCAUGCAGAGUGCGAUGGUGAAUGCCCUGGUUAUCCCGAUGAUAGCUGUGGCAAUUCUACCCUCGGAGUCUACGCCUACGUCUCUGUUACUGGAAACAUGGCGACCAGCACUGCCAGUGAAAGCAGUUCGACUACUACUGGCACCUCUUCCUCCUCCUCCACUACCACGACUGCGGGCACCGUCUCCUAUACCACCUCGUCGGACGGCGAAGUCAAGACAAUCACCGUUUCUGCCUCGAGUGCAACCUCUGGUCUGGAUAGCACCACCGUCUCCACUAGCGACAAGAGUUCUGGCCUGAGUGGUGGAUCGAUCGCUGGAAUCGUCGUUGGCGUCUUGGGCGGUCUUGCCCUGGUCGGCGCGCUCAUCUUCCUCGUCUUCUUCUACCGCAAGCGUGCUCGCUCAUCCAGCCCGGUACCAAGCCAGGAUAUGGCCGACCGAACUAGUCAGGGUUCCAACUGGUCUCGUGGUGUUUUCCCUGGGGGCGACCUUGGACGCAAGGCAACUUUCACCGAUAACCGUAUGAAAUCAACCACCGUUUACCCCAAUGGCCGACGGGACAGCAGCGUCUCGCUGCAGGACAACGAGGACUAUUCGCGACCUGUCCUUCGGCUCACCAACCCGGACUAA